GCGGCUGGCGGGGUCAGGCCCGCGUGUCCUGGGAAAGUUGCGCUCUCCAUUUAAAUGCGCACAUGUUGCGGCCUUCUGGAGCCCGCGUCAAUGCGCACGCUGACAGAUGGCCGCGGGGCCAUAACUAUGGAGGCCCACCGCCAUCACGUCCCCCCAGGGAGAGACGGACGGGGAAGCGUCUCUCAGCUGAUCCCAUCAUAAAGAGGAGUGGAGGAAAGGAGUGUGUGUGCGGGCGGGCGCGUGCGUGCGUGUGUGUAAUCUCUAAAUUGACUUAAUGUAUUUGCCUGCUCUUCGCAGAUUCUGAUGAGAUGAGGGGAGGAAGGCUGGACACGGCUCCAAUGGCAACGUUCCAUGCUUCCCGCCGACGAGAGCGGCCCCAAGCCUCGCCGCGUGUCGCUGCCGGCGCCCCCGCCGACCCCGCCGGGCCGCCGCCACUUCCCGCUGCACUUGGGCGCGAAGCGGCGGCGUUCGGGCCCCGCGCCGGAGCGCCGCGUCAACUGCGUCCUGGUGGGAGACGGCGCGGUGGGCAAAAGCAGCCUGGUCAUCAGCUACACCACCAACGGGUACCCCGCCAGAUACGUGCCCACCGCUUUCGACAACUUCACAGCCGUGGUGGUGGUGGACGGGAUGCCGAUCGGACUGCAGCUGUGCGACACGGCGGGACAGAAAUGGGGAGUUGCUGAUGAAUCCAUCAAUGACGAGCUGGAGCGUCUCCGGCCGCUCUGCUACCGAAACGCCGACGUCUUCCUGCUGUGCUACAGCGUGGUCCGACCCGCUUCCUUCCGCAAUCUGAGCCAACGUUGGGUUCCCGAGAUCCGCCGCCACUGUCCCGGCGCGCCCCUCGUCCUGGUGGGCACCCAGCUGGACCUGCGCGAAGACGUCCAAGUGCUGAUCGGGCUGGCCCGGAGCCACGAGCGUCCGGUGGGCUCGGAAGAGGGCCGGCAGCUGGCCCGGCAGCUCGGCGCCGCCGGCUUCGCCGAGUGCUCGGCGCUGACCCAGAAGAACCUGAAGGAAGCCUUUGAUUGCGCCAUCCUGGCGAGCAUCCGACACAUCCCAGAUGACGGCGACCUUAGCGACUGGUCGCGGAGAGUGACCCUCAAGAGGACCACUCCUGACAAAAUCAAAAAGCUCUCGGAGGCUUGGUGGAAGAAGAUCCGAUGUCUGGUGGGGGAACAGAAUUGUGACCAGCUGACUAUGUAAUCGGGUCAAGACACAAAGUUCACCGCAAUCACCAAGAUGGAGCUUCUAAAUUCCCAAGGUACAUGUCGCUGAAUCGUUUCCUCUUUUUCUGAGACUUUGCGGAAUGGACCUUCAGGACACAAAUGAAGGAAAGAUUCUCAAAACGCAGCUUACGUCCCGAAAUGAUGGGUCAGAAAGCAAACACACAAAAAAGGCGGCGGCGGCGGGGGAUGAACUGGAGAUUCUCGGCGUCUAAUUGGAGCCGACGGGACCACCUGGGCGGGAUUACGCCGCCAUAUGGCGGCUCAACACGCCACUGACACUCUUGGUGUGUCGGCGUGCUCCACUUUGUGACCGCAAAUCUCGUUAAGGAAGGAUGGAGGCGACAGUUGGUAUCUUUGAAGAACUUCAAGACAAGCCCAGAUGGAGCACCAUUGGUACCUAAAGUGAUCAUCCGUUUUGACUUUAGCACUGGACCUCCAUAUUGACUAUUGAUUUGUAUUUUGAUCUAGAUU